GGAGGCGCUCACGGCUCAUCCCGUGAGCCUGUCAGCGGAGUGUCAUGGCGGCUCCCUGCCGGAGGUUUACCUCACGGUGAAACAGAUGAAGACUUUAAGUGGAGGAUGAUCUGAGAGAAGAAACACGUCAGUGACAGGUAUGAAUGUGAUGUCAUCAGUGAUGCGGGGCGCCCGGCGGCUCGUCCAAGCCAACCCGGCUCUACUCACCAACUUCCUGUCUCGGCCCCUCCUCUGUCCAGCUCGAAGCCCCGCCCCCCGUCUCACCUGUCAACAGACCAGGACUUUGGCCUCCAAACAGGUCAAAGGUCAGAGGAAGGACCAGAAGCACCUGAAGGUCAAAGCUAAAGUGGACAAACAGGAAGUGGAGAUCAGGCAGAAGAUGACGGUGGCGGCUCUCGCUGAGGCCAUGAACAAGGACUUUGAUCACGUGGUGGAAGCUCUGCUGAACACCACGGUGGACGUGGACUCUCUGGAGCUGGACUCGGUUCUGGAGGAGAGGUGGAUCAAGGAGGUGGUGACUCAAUCAGGGAUGAAGUUCAGAUGGGCCAAACUGAGCGAGAGCAGAGAGAGACCCAACCAGGACGUCCACAGGAGACCUCCAGCAGACCCGUCCAGCCUGGUGCCACGCCCCCCAGUGGUCACCAUCAUGGGUCACGUGGAUCACGGUAAGACCACCCUGCUGGACAGUCUGAGGAAGAGCCAGAUCGUCUCCACGGAGGCCGGAGGGAUCACUCAGCACAUCGGAGCUUUUCUAGUUCAGCUGCCUACAGGAGAGACGAUCACCUUCCUGGACACACCGGGUCACGCUGCCUUCUCCUCCAUGAGAGCCCGCGGCGCUGACGCCACUGACAUCGUCAUCCUUGUGGUGGCGGCUGACGACGGCGUCAUGAACCAGACAGUCGAGUCUAUACAGCACGCCAGGAGAGCCAAAGUGCCGAUGAUUGUGGCGGUGAAUAAGUGUGACAAGCCUCAGGCCGACCCUCAGAGAGUCAAACAGGAGCUGCUGGCUCAUGAUGUCGUCUGUGAGGAGUUUGGAGGAGACGUUCAGGCGAUCCACAUCUCUGCUCUCAAGGGCGACAACCUGCUGGCUCUGACGGAGGCCACGGUGGCGCUGGCGGAAGUUUUGGAGUUGAAGGCAGAACCCAGUGGCACCGUGGAGGGACUCGUCAUCGAGAGUCGCACCGACAAAGGCAAAGGUCCUGUAACAACCGCCAUCGUCCAGCGGGGGACGCUGAAGCGAGGUUGUGUCCUGGUGGCAGGGAAGAGUUGGGCUAAAGUUCGUUUCAUGUUUGAUGAGAACGGGCGAGCAGUGAAGGAGGCAGGGCCGAGCAUGGCAGUGGAGGUGGUCGGCUGGAAGGAGUUGCCGUCUGCUGGUGAGGUCAUCCUGGAGGUCGAGUCUGAGCAGCGAGCGAGGGAGGUGUUGGAGUGGAGGAGGUACAAGGAGGAGCAGCAGAAGCUUCAGGAGGAGCAGAGCGUCAUCGAACUCAAACAGAAACUACACCUGGAGGAGUACAGGAAGGAGAGGGAGGGGCUAAGUCACCUGAGCUGGAGGAAGAGGAAGUCUCUUCUCUACCGAGCCAACCGGGUCAAAUUCGCCAUGAGGCCGAGCGAGAGGGUGGAGAGAGACGAGAUGAGCUUGCCGCUCAUUGUCAAAGGUGACGUGGACGGGUCGGUGGAGGCCAUCCUCAACAUCCUGGACGGUUAUGACGCUCAGCAGCAGUGUCAGCUGGAAGUGAUUCACUUUGGCAUCGGAGACGUCUCAGAGAACGACGUCAACAUGGCCGACACGUUCAAAGGUUCCAUUUAUGGCUUUAACGUGGCAGCCAGCAAAUCCAUCCAGCAGCUGGCGGAGAGGCGUGGCAUCCCACUGCGACUGCACACUGUCAUCUACAAACUGAUCGAUGAGCUGAAGGACGAGCUGAGCGGAAAACUGCCUCCAGUCGUCUCUGAAAACGUCAUCGGUGAGGCAACGGUGCUCACCAUCUUUGACGUCUCUGUUGGGAAGAAGAAGGUCACCGUUGCCGGCUGUCGGGUUCAGAAAGGUCAACUGGACCGUCGACUCAAGUUCAGACUGAUCCGCGGCCAAGACACCAUCUGGGAGGGUUCUCUGGUGGCGUUGAAGCACCACAAGGACGAUGUUCAGACGGUGAAGUUGGGGAUGGAGUGCGGUCUGUCAGCUGACACUGAGGUCGACUUCAGAUCUGGCGAUGUCAUAGUUUGUUUCGAGGAGCUGGAGGCUCCACAGGUCACUACCUGGGAUCCCGGCUUCUAAACACCACGUCCCAGCAACCUUUGCUGCUAACAGGAAGUCUGCUGACAGGAAGCUCAACAGACUGAACUGAUGGAUGUAAAAUGUGAUUAUUUAACUUAAAU